AUGCCCCUCGACAGCUCAACCUACGCCCUCGCACACCUCCGCAUCGACGGCCGACGAUGGAACGAGCUCCGCCGCAUCCACGGACAAAUGUCCACCCAAGCCGCCGCGGACGGAAGCAGUUACUUCGAGAUGGGUAACACAAAAGUCAUCUGCACCGUCCACGGACCUCGUCAAGCGCGGCAGGGUGGAGGUGGAGGGCAGAGUCGUGAGGCGGCGAUUGAUGUCGAGAUUGGAAUAGCGGGGUUUAGUGGCAUGGAUAGGAAGAGGAGGGGGAAGAGUGAUAAGCGCGUACAAGAAAUGCAGUAUACCAUUUCCUCGGCGUUCUCGAGUACCGUGUUCAUGCAAUUUUACCCGCAUUCGACGAUCACGAUUGUUUUGCACGUUCUUUCCCAGGACGGAGCACUUCUGGCAGCGUGUCUGAAUGCUGCGACUUUGGCAUUGGUCGAUGCCGGUGUACCGAUGAAGGACUAUGUUGCGGCGAUCACGACAGGCUCAACCGCAUCGUACGCGAGCAAUGACGAGGAGGCAGAUCCGCUGCUGGACCUGAAUGGCGUGGAAGAGCAGGAAUUGCCGUUUCUUACAAUGGGCACGAGUACGGGUGAGGACAAGGUCACUGUGCUGGUCAUGGAGACGAGAGUGCAGGUCGCGAGGGUGGAGAGUAUGGUCAGCGUGGGUCUGGACGGCUGUAAGCAGGUCAGAGGGAUCUUGGAUGGGAUCGUGAGGGAGCAUGGGAAGAAGUUGCUGUCAGGGAGAUGA